CUGUACAGUGUACAACUACAGAAGAAGAGCAUGAACAGCUUCAUCCGUCAGUAGCGUGUUUGUAAACAUUCAGCUGAUUCAUUUUCUCUUCUUCAGCAUAAUCUUCAUCAUGACACAGACAGACAGAGAUGCAGAAAACGGCAAAGAUCGCGAGAAAGAGGCACGCGGCGUAAAGAGACCCAUCGCACCCGCGGCUGUGCCUGAACCUUUGCACGAGCAAAUUCAGGCCAACUUUAUAGUGGUGAUUCAUCCUGGAUCCAAAACCCUGCAGAUUGGACGAGCUACAGACACACAGCCACAGACUGUACAUCACGUCAUCGCCCGUAGACACAAACAGACCGGACAGACCCCAUACGAGGACCAGUGUCUCCUACGAGAUGGACUUAAUACAUCAGAGAGUAAUGAACAGAGACAGAACGGCCUGAAGAUGAUCGAUCAAUCCAUCUGGUCCAAAAAAAUGUCUAAUGGUCUAAGAAGAGUUCCUGUGUCUGCACAACAGGCAAGAUUGUACAACAGACAGAUAAAUCCUGCAGUAUUGGACUUAAACUCUUCAGUAAAGUGGACAAAUACAGCACAUCAGCCUGAAUACCUCGUAGGAGAAGAUGCUUUAUAUGUAAACCCAACAGACAGCUACAGUAUUCACUGGCCCAUUCGCAGGGGUCACCUGAACAUUCACAGCGCUCCAGGCGGAUCUCUCACAGCUGUGCUCGCAGACCUGGAGACCAUCUGGUCUUACGUUCUCCAGAAGCUCCUAGAAAUCCCACUGAAGGAUCUGAAGUAUUACAGAUGCAUCCUUCUGAUUCCAGACAUUUAUAACAGACAGCAUGUGAAGGAAAUUGUCAAUAUGCUGCUGGUUAACAUUGGAUUCUCAGCUGUGGUUGUGCAUCAGGAGUCGGUGUGUACGACGUUGGGCAGUGGUGUAAGCAGUGCAUGUGUGGUGGACGUGGGCGAUGAAAAGACCAGUGUGUGUUGUGUUGAAGAUGGAGUAUCUCACCGCAACUCCAGGUUAUGUCUUGCGUACGGCGGCUCAGAUGUGACGCGCUGUUUCUUCUGGUUAAUGCAGAGAGCUGGAUUUCCUUACAGAGAGUGUCGACUCACUAACAAACUCGACUUCAUCUUACUACAACAACUUAAAGAGUCUUUCUGUCAUCUGGACCAGGAUAUUUCUGGACUUCAGGAUCACGAGUUUCGCACACGUUUUCCAGAUUCUCCACUUCUUCUCUUUCAGCUGCGGUUAGGAGAUGAGAAACUUCAGGCUCCUAUGGCUUUAUUUUACCCUGCUGCGUUUGGUAUAGUGGGUCAGAAGAUGACAUCACUGCAGCAUCGCUCGCAAGGAGACGCUGAAGAUCCACAUGAUGAACACUUUCUGUUGACCACACAAAGCAAACAAGACCAGUCAUCUAAAGCUACAGCAGACAGAAAGUCUUUCCAUAAGCCUGUUGGUUUUGAAGGAGAAUCCAGCACAUGUGAUCUAUCCGAGAAAGGAAACAUGGUUCAUGAUGUGGAUCUGUCUCAUAGUCACACUGAAUCUCUCAUUAGUGGAUCAGAAACAGAGGAAAACCCUUCGCUUCUGUUCAGCCGGAGCACAGCCGCAAUGACUCAGUUUGAGGGAAAAGCACUCGGUGUGGAUAAAGCCAUCUUGCACAGCAUCGACUCCUGCUCAUCAGAUGAAACGAAGCGUAAGAUGUACGGCUGUAUUCUUCUGGUUGGAGGUGGACUUCUGUUUCACGGUGCUCAGGAGUUUCUACAGCAUCGUAUUCUUAAUAAAAUGCCUCCGUCUUUUCGCUGUAUGGUCGAGAACGUUGAGGUCAUCACGCGACCAAAGGACAUGGAUCCUCGAUUUAUAGCGUGGAAGGGUGGAGCGGUGUUGGCGUGUUUGGACACCACACAGGAGCUGUGGAUUCAUCAGCGGGAAUGGCAGCGUUUCGGUGUACGGAUGCUCCGUGAACGAGCCGCUUUUGUCUGGUGAUCCCAGGACAUUUUAUCCAUUUGAAUUCAAAUGAUUUCCCAAAACAUGUGCUGGUGUUAACCUCAUGUGUAAUGUUUUAUUUUUAAUAAAUAAGAAAAUUAAACGAU